GGGAAACAGCUGGGUAGAGACAAAUGAAGGAUGGAUGGAUGAAGGGAGGAGGAGUGUAGGGUACGAUGGGAGGAGGACCAAGUAGGUAUAUAAGAUGCUGCCCAUCGCCUCGCAUCUCCACCAACAUUCAUCUCUCCUCAAGAAACAGAAGAGCAUCAGUCAUCUAACAACAAGAAUGUCUAAUAUUCUAAACUCAGAGAAUGCCUCCACUCUGGAGAACGCCAUGCAGCUGAUGAUCCAGACGUUCCACAAGUACUCUGGAAAUGAGGGCGACAAAUAUACUCUUAGCAGGCAGGAACUCAAAGAGAUGCUCACACAGGAGCUGGGCAACUACCUUGGGAACGCACAGGAUAAGGACGCGGUAGAUAAAGUUAUGGGAGACCUGGAUUCAAACAACGACGGUGAGGUGGAUUUCACGGAGUUCGUCAUCCUCGUUGGUGCCCUCACUGUCGCCUGCAACGACUUCUUUCUCGAGUAUCACGAAAAGGAUGGAAAGAAGCCUGAAAAGAAAGAGUAGAGUUGCAUUUCUCUGAACAAAAGCCAACACAUGACCAGAGAAUGGUGAUGAGGGGGGAAUUAGGGGAGAAGGGGAACGUGUAUGCGUGUAUGAAUCUUCCUUAGGCUACUGAUACUAUAAAAAGUUUCACAUCAUCUCUGCAUCCAUGCAAUCCUGGGUACACAAAACCUUCCACGAGGCACAACAUGUUUCCGUCCCCUGAACCUAUUAGAAAUGAAAGCACUAGGAAUGAGAUUUUGACAUGGUCUUUGUUGAAUAUGUGAAUAUGUGUUUCUUCCUUUCUUUUGUUUAUUACCAAUUGGAGUUUUUAAAAUAAUCUCUCCAUAUAACAAUAAACUGCAUAUUUAAAAUAAA